AUUUUUGUGGCGCCGCCGAUUAAAUUAAUCCAAUUUCUGUCUCCAUUUCCAACUUUUUAAUUCGUUUUUUAUCCUAAUAAAUUAUUUUAUUUCGCAUUUUUUAAUUUUUUUUCUUGCUUUAUAUUUUUCUCUCUUUCCUCUUCGCUGUUCUUGUUUGAAAUCUUGGGCAAGAAGUAGCGAAGAAAUUUUUUGAGGAUUAAUUUCUUUUCUCGUUUUUAAUUGAUAUAUUUUUUUUUUUCGAUUUUUGCGGAGCUUGUUGGUGGUGGUGGAGAGUGUGAGAGCUGCUGGAAACCCUAGUGAUCGGAGCUUGGCCGGAACGGCGGGUCGAGUCGAGUCGCCGGAGUGGAGGUUGUGUUUGAGGUUUCUGGUGCUGAUUUAUGCAUGGAGGCGAGGGACAGAGCGGUGACUUCUCAUGCGGCGGCGGAGGGGUCUGGGAGUUACCAGCCGCCGCCGCCGCCGCCGCCGCCUACAGCGGCGGCCGUGAGUGAAGAGAAGCCUAGCGGGAUGGGCGGGUUGGUAGCCGCCGCCGUGGCAGCGGCGGCAGCGGCUGCGCCACCUGGAGUGGCGAUUGGGCUGACCGUGACUGCGGCGGGGACGAUGCCGAAGAAGAGGGGACGCCCGAGGAAGUACGGCCCAGACGGGAGCUUGCUGCGGCCGCUGAACCCGAUCCCGAUCUCGGCGUCCGUACCUGCCGGGGUGGAGUAUACGCCGGCGGCCAAGGUGGGGGCGGCGAUGAAGCGAGGUAGAGGGCGGGCAGUGGGAUUGGUGAGCAAGUCACCGCAGUUCGGACUCGAGUUGGAGCCUCAAGGAGAGAUGGUAGCCUGCGCUGCCGGUGCAAAUUUCACGCCUCAUGUUAUCAAUAUUGCUGCCGGCGAGGAUGUUACUAUGAAAAUCAUAUCAUUCUCACAACAAGGGCCUCGAGCUAUUUGUAUUUUAUCUGCCAACGGUAUCAUCUCAAAUGUUACACUUCGUCAACCUGAUUCAAGUGGCGGCACAUUAACUUACGAGGGCCGGUUUGAAUUACUCUCUUUAUCUGGCUCAUUUAUGCCGACUGAAAAUGAAGGAACAAGAAGCCGAUCAGGUGGCCUAAGUGUUUCAUUGGCAAGUCCUGACGGUCGAGUAGUCGGUGGAGGAGUUGCUGGCCUACUGGUGGCUGCUGGUCCUGUCCAGGUGGUCGUCGGAAGCUUCUUACCGAGUUACCAGAUGGAGCAAAAAACAAAGAAGACAAGAAUCGAAGCCGGCUCAGCUUCUACGGCACCAUCUGCAAUUCCUCUUUCAAACCCCAACACUGAAGAAGCAUAUGGCGGCACGCAAGGGCCGCAUAUCUCAGAAACUCCGAAGGGAAACCCUGCUGGAGAAAGUUGGUCUGCUUCCUUACAGACUGCACCGGUCCCUCAGAACUCCGUGUCGGAUGCUAACACAAGUUUGCCCGGAGGUUGAUGCUAAUACAUGAUCUUCACCUUAAUCACUCCUCUUGUUCGCUUUUCCUGAUCAGUGUUUAGAUCCAUCCACAUCGAUAAAGCACCCUCUGCCCUCACCUUCGGCAUUUUCAGCUCUGAAACUUGUAUUGUUACUUCACGAUUGGCUUUAAUCCCCAAACAAAUCUAGUGAACUCAGUUUGAUCAGUGUAUGGAUUCGAUAGGUUGUUGUUUUAACUUGAGAUUUGUUGUUUAAUUGUGUCGGAUUGAUGCUUAGCAUUGUAACAAAUGUUCGUCUAUUGACAUGUUUACUGCUUCUGUGAGAAUUUAUAGAGUUAAGAUGCGUUUGAUUUAA